AUGUCUCCUCAAGUUCCUGUGAAGAUUAUCCUCGGCACUCAUACGAUUGGCGAUGCCACUAAGAUGCCUGGGAUCAUACACUUUGAUAAUGAGGACGAUGUCCAUAGCCUCUUAGACGCAUUCUACAGCCGUGGCUAUAAAGAUGUUGAUACGGCCAGCAACUAUCAUGGCUCUGAAGCACGCCUCGGUCAGGCUGGUGCUGCAAGUCAAUUCAAUAUUCAUACGAAGGUUCAUAGUUGGGGAUCCGGAUACCUUGAACCUGCAAAGAUUGAGUCGAGCAUUGAGAAGUCUCUUAAAGACCUUCACGCUUCAACUGUAGAGACUAUGUUUCUACAUGUACCCGAUAGACAAACACCAUUUGAGGAUACGGCGAAGGCAAUGAAUAACGCUUACCUUCAAGGGAAGUUCAGGAAAUGGGGGAUCUCUAACUACACUGCCGCUGAGGUUAAAAAGUUCAUCGAGAUUUGCGAUGAGAAAGGCUACGUUAAGCCGAGCGUGUAUGAGGGACAUUACAAUGCUAUCGUGAGAGGCGGGGAACAGGAGCUAUUUCCGCUCUUGCGUGAGCACGAUAUGGCAUUUUUCGCCUACAGCCCUGCAGCAGGCGGACUCUUCUCGGAUAAAGCCAGCACCACGGCACGGUGGAGUAAGGAUAACUCUGUCGGAAACCUGUACAAUACAAUCUACGGCAAAGCCUCCGUUCAGGCCGCAGUAGCCACCGUUCGAGAAUCCGCCGCAAAACAUGGUAUCAGCGGACAUGCGGCUGCACUGCGCUGGACGGCGUUUCAUAGCAUUCUAGAUGGAAAAUAUGGCGAUGCAGUGAUAUUUGCGGUAUCGAAAAUGAAGCAGCUCAAUGAUACUCUCGAUGCAUUUGAGGCUGGUCCGCUUCCUAGUGAUCUUGCAGAGGCUAUGACUGCUGUUUAUGCUACACUUGAGGGUUCAGAGCCUUCUUACCAUCUGUAA